AUGGGUGAUCAAGAUGAAGAAAAGAAGGAGGAGGUUGUAGAUCCGAGAUGGGAAUUUUUAAAUAAUUAUUUAGCACGGACUUUGAAGUUGAAAGCUGAAAAAUGGCAAAAGUUUGCUUCCAACGAGGAAUAUGUGGGCAUCAUCAACAAGUUCUUCAACAAUCCUUCGAUUCCCUACAUGUUGAUUUAUGUAAAUAUUGCUGGAAUUUUGGUGGCAGGUCUAACUUUUCCGAAUGCCGCUAAAAAUAAAAUACCUUAUUUCUUUCGCAAACGAGAGGAAGAGAUCACUAAGGAUAAUUACAAAGACAUGAUGAUCAUCGGUGAAAUGCCACCAAAACCAGUCGAAGACCUACUUGUCCUCCUCGAGCAUGUCUUCAAGCCAAUGUUGCAGAAUAGUACAAAUGUAUCAAAUUGGCCGCAGAUUGUGACGACAGAUCUCCUGGAAAAGACACAGUCUUUGAAGAAUUCCAUCACCCAAGUGCAAGGCUCCAUGCGCAACCAGACGAUUCUGCCGAUGCCGUUUCAGCAUGAAAAAGUUAUGCUGGAACAAAUUGAACUAUCCGAAGAGAAUCCUGAACACGACGUCGACGUGGAUCUACGCGCCCAUUUAGAAGAAAUCGUCACGGAAUGGGAUAAAAUGAUCAGGGCCGUUUUGAAUGAAAAAUCCACCCUGGCCUUUGCAAACGGCCGCCAUCCUUCUCCGAAUGAAGAAAUCAGAUUUUGGGAUCUGCGUCACAAAAACUUGCAGCACAUCUACUCGCAGUUUCAAGGCGAAGAUAUAAAGAACAUAGCUUCCGUUCUUGAGCUGGGCGGCAGCAUAUUUUUUGAAUACUUUAAGAAGCUGUUUUCCGAUUUGGUAGCAGCUUUGGCGGAAGCAGCUGAUAUAAUAUUAUAUUUGCGUCCGAUGUCCAGACACUAUGAAUUUUUUGAAAGCAACGACUUUUUAGAUUCGAAGCCUUUGAUUCGACCCAUGAUGUACUGCACUCAUCUGGUUUGGGGAAACUGCAAGUACUACGCAAGCCCAGAUAAAGUAAUUGUUUUAUUAACUGAAAUCAACAACAUGAUGAUGAACGAAUGUUCCAAGUCUUUGGAACCUGAAUCAAUGCUUCAAGGCGAAGUCGAUGAAGGCUAUAAGAGAGUUUUGAAGGCCGAGGAAAUUUUAAAAUACUACAGACAAGUCUGUAAUGAAUACCGAGGAAAUUUGGCCCAAUUCUGCAAAGAUCCUGAUUACAAACCGCCUUACGAAUGGAACUUUCAUCCGUCGAGAAUAUAUUCAAGAUUCGACAUUUAUUUGAAACGAUUGGAGUUGUGCAAGGAACUUUUGACGACUGCUGUAGAUUUUUAUAGAUUGGAAAAAGUGGAAUUGGCUGGUAUACCGGGAAAGACUUUGGGAUACAAGACUGUACAGAUCUACGAAGAAUUCUGCCAAGCUUUUGGAAUGUUCAACUCGAUAUCCUACAAUCCUUUGUCACCCGAAUGCGAAGAGUUUGAACCGGAUUAUGAGAUUUUUAAGGCCAAAAGCGAGGGCUUGGAGAGAAGGCUUUGCUCUGUCUUCGAACAGGCCCUGGACGAUAUUUCAGACAUCACUUCAUUCAUGAAGUUGUUCUACAUCAUGGGCAGUUUACCAUUCAGGUCUCAACUUAAAGAACGUGUCGGAGACCAGAUUCACAAUGUCAUUCCCAUGUUUGAAGAAGAAUUGGACACCGUUAAGGCUAUAUUUGACGAGGGCUAUGCCGACUAUGUAAAAGGGGGCGUCAAAGCUAUGACUGUUGACAAAUUUGCACCCCCUGUAUCCGGAACCUUGAAGUGGAUACAUAAACUGAGAUCUCGCAUUCAAGUGCCACACGAUGAGUUUCCAUUUCUAGAAGUCGAUGUAUUGGCAACUCCCAGAGGAAAGUAUGCAGAACGUAAAUACAAGCAAAUGAUGAAACUGUUGGACGAUCUGCAGGCAGAAGUUUUGGCAGAGUGGAAGGCCAAAGCUCCUCAGGUUAUGGGUGAACAUAUGCCGAAGACUUUGCUGGUUGUUGACGAAGACGGGUUGCUGAGAUUGAAUUUCGAUGAAGAGUUAGAAGAACUUAUGUCCGAAUUGAAACAGUUGGCUCAGUUGGAAAUACCUGAUUUACCGUGUGAUGAGAUUACUGAGAGAAGUGAAAAUUUGCAGAAAACUAUAAUUGUAAUGCGUCGUAUUGUGGAAUGGUACAACAUGAUUCUAACCAGAUGCAACGAGGUUGAAUUUGAUUUGAUACGAGAGGAAAUGGAAGCAUUAGACGACAAAUUAAGAGAGGCUGUUGAUAAUUUAACUUGGGACUCUGAUAAUAUCGAAUAUGCCCAAGAGGUCUAUGACGUUUUAUCAGGAAUUGCAGAACGUGUGGUACGUGCUCAGGAUGCAGUCGAUGCUAUGAUCAAUCAAAUCAGGGAAUUUGGAAACGUACCAUUGUUCUCCAGGAAAGAUGGUAAACGGGAGAAUCUGAUUUAUCUGGACGACUAUCAAGAUCGUGUUAGGCAAAGGUUUGAUUUGGUGAAGGAAGCUGUUCUCGAUUUGGAUGACACGAUGGAUUUGAACUAUAAAUUGUUCUCUGGUAUACCAGUGCCUACUCUGGAAGAACUGAGGGCACAAGAACAGGCUGAAGAAGCAGCGAGAUUGGCAGAAGAAGAGGCGCGUCAAGCGGAAAUUGCUCUAGCUGCAGCAGAGGCUGCCAUGGCGCAGCAGGCCGCAGAAAUGGCUGCUAUUCAGGAAGCAGAGCGCCUCGAGCAAGAAGAGGAAGAACGAGCUGCAGCUGCUGCAAAAGCAGCAAAAGAAAAGAGAGAAAAAGAGGAGGAGCUUGAAAAGCAACGCAGAGCUGAAGCCAAGAAAAAGGAGGAGCUCCGUGAACUCAUGGGCGAAGCUUAUGAAGAGUCCAUUGAGUCCGGUUUUGAUGAAGAUGAAGAGAAGGAAGCGGAGAAACCAAAAGAGGAAGAGGAUGCAGCCGCUGCUGCAGCAGCUCAAGCGGAGGCUGAACAGGCCGAAGCCGAAGCAGCAGCUGCAGCAGCAGCCGCCGCUGCGGCGGCGGAAGCCGAGAGGGAAGCUGCUCUUGCUUUACCACAGUAUGGAGAGAUGGAAGAAGAGGAAUAUUCUGUGGAAUCAGAAGCCGAACCUGAAUCUGAACCGAGUGAAGAGAGCGAAGAACCUGAACCUGCACCUGCACCACCAGUUCCUUCAGAACCUCACAUGGAGAUGCCAUUAGAAGGCGAAGGAUACAUGGAAGAUGAAGAUUAUUUCGGCGUCCAGCCGCCGGUAACGCCAGCCGAAGAGGUUGCAGCCGAGCCUAAGAAACCGAGACGAAAGGGUCGCGUGCCCAGAGUAUCCGUAAUACUAACUCCUUCCCAGGCCUUGUUAGAACCUAUUCGCAGAGAGAAAUUCAAGGCUUACGAGGAGUACAUGGACGAACUAAUUGAAGCCGAGCUUGUCAACGCUUGUCUGACGAGUAUAAAGUAUCUCCAGGACGAGACCGAGAGGCGACAAAAUAUAUUUCCUUCGUUCACUGUCGAAAUGAUUUUGGACGGAGAAGAUAUCCUAAUGUGCGAUGAUAUUGGCAAAAUGGCUGAAUUGGUUCCUAGAGUGGCGAAGUCUUAUGGGGAAGAUAAUUAUAAAAGUUCGAUAGAUGAGAAUGCUGAUUUCAUGGAUAUGAGAAAAAUGCUUCAGCAUCAUGUAUCGAGUGCAGAAAUGCUAGAUCAAUUUAUGACGUACAAUCAUUACCUUACACCCGAAGAAAUUGAAAUGGUGGAACUGGAUCCCAAUUCUGUAAAAAAACAAGCGCCUACAUUGAAUCAGUUCAAGGAAAUGAUCAUUAAAUACAACAAAAUGUAUGAUACCAUCAAUGAGUCUAUAGAAGAGACCAAAGUGAUAAACUUUUGGCUUCAAUUAGAUUGCAGACCAUUCAAGCAGACUUUGCUGAACACGGUCUGUAAAUGGGCAAACAUGUUUAUGCAGAAUCGUGUGAAUUUCGUGCACGACAGUUUGGAUAAUUUGCAAGACUUCAUUGCGGUCACUUCCAAAGAGUUGGCAAGGGAAGUAAAGGAGGGCGAUUUGGAGUCUCUGCUACAAGUGAUGGCUCAUUUGCAAAGGGUUACUGAUCGACAAGAUGAAACCGAUGGCAUGUUUGAACCAUUGGUUGCAGUUAUGGAAAUGCUGAAAGAGUUUGGAGUCGAGUUUGCUGAUUCUGUAUAUGAUCAGUUGAGCGAGUUGCCUGAAGAGUGGAUGAAACUGAAGAAGACAGCUAUGCAAGUGAAGCAAUAUAUUGCACCCAUUAUUGCAGCAGAAGUCAGCUUGAUUAGAAAACGUUUGGCUUUGUUCGAUAUUCAGCAGUCUAUCUUUAAGGACAAUUUCAAACUUAGUCCGUUAUAUCGUGCUGAUUGUAAAAACGUGUACAUGAAAAUUGAUGCAGUCAACAAGGAACUAGAAGAGUUUGAGAGAUCCAUGGAAAAAAUCUCGACGUCUGCCAAAUUGUUUGAAUUGAAUUUGCCGGAUUUCAAACAACUGAAGCAAGUUCGAAAGGAAUUGAAAUUACUGAAAAGCAUGUGGGACAUGUAUCUAAUAAUCCAAUCCUGCAUCGACGACUGGAAACUGACUCCCUGGAAAAAGAUUAAUGUAGAAGAUAUGGAUCAAGAGUGCAAGAAAUUCGGCAAAGAAUUGCGCUUGAUGGACAAGGAGAUCAGAAAUUGGGAGCCUUAUAUAAAAGCCGAAGCGGAUUUGAAAAAUCUGAUGACUUCUUUGAGGGCCAUCACGGAGUUGCAAAAUCCUGCGAUCAGGGAUCGGCAUUGGUUGGAGUUGAUGAAGACGACGAAGGUGAAGUUUGUAAUGGACGAAUCAACUACGUUAUCGGAUCUUCUAAUUCUCAAUUUGUACGAGUAUGAGGAGGAGGUUAAAAAUAUUGUCGAUAAAUCUGUUAAAGAAAUGGCUAUGGAGAAAACGCUCACGGAUUUGGAUAAUACGUGGUCUGCCUUAGAGUUUGAUACUGAGAUUCACGAGAGAACUGGCAUUAAACUGUUGAAAAUUGCUGAAGAAACUGUGGAAAUCUUGGAAGAAAACCAGGUGCAACUGCAAAAUUUGAUGACAUCCAAAUUUAUCGGCUAUUUCUUGAAAGAGUUUACGGAUUGGCAGCUGAAAUUGUCGUAUGCCGAUGCUGUUAUUAGAAAUUGGAUGGAGGUUCAGAGAAAGUGGACGUACUUGGAAUCUAUUUUUAUCGGAUCUGAGGAUAUUAGAGCGCAGUUGCCUGAUGAGUCGAAUAAGUUUGAUCAUAUCGAUAAGGAAUUCAAGCAUAUGUUGGAAGAUAUUCUGAAGACUCCAAACAUUAUACAAGGGACGAAUAAGCCAGGCCUUGCUGAACGUCUUGAGGAGCUUAUUGUGGAAUUGACAAAGUGUGAGAAAGCUUUAAACGAUUAUUUGGAAACCAAGAGAUUGUCUUAUCCGAGGUUUUACUUCGUUUCAUCCUCUGAUCUUUUGGACAUUCUGUCCAACGGCAACAAUCCAGAACGUGUUGGCAAACAUUUGACGAAACUCUACGACAAUCUUAUGAAAUUGUUAAUGGAUAAAGAGCAGCCUAAAAUGGCACAUGCGAUGAUGGCCAAAAGUCUUGGAGAAGUUGUCGAGUUUAAAAGUUUAUGCGACUGUUCAGGACAGGUGGAGGUAUGGUUAAAUAGAGUAACGGAUAGUAUGCAGAAAACCCUAAGAGAUCUCUUUAGAGAUGCAGUGCAUGCAUAUGAAGACAAACCUCGAGAGCAAUGGUUGUUCGAUUGGCCUGCUCAGGUCUCACUUUGUGGCACCCAGAUCUGGUGGACCACAGAGGUUAAUAUCGCCUUUGGUCGCCUAGAAGAGGGCUACGAAAACGCAAUGCGUGAUUACCAGAAGAAACAAAUCAACCAGCUCAACGCUCUAAUUGUUCUCCUCCUUGGUGAUCUGACACCAGGUGACAGACAGAAAAUCAUGACAAUUUGUACGAUUGAUGUGCAUUCCAGGGAUGUCGUGGCUAAGAUGAUUGUUGCCAAAGUGGAGUCCAUGUUCGCUUUCCAGUGGCAGAGCCAAUUGAGACAUCGAUGGGAUGAGAAAGAAGACGAUUGUUUUGGAAAUAUCUGCGAUGCUCAAUUUCGAUACUUGUAUGAAUAUUUGGGAAAUACUCCACGUCUUGUGAUCACACCGUUGACUGAUAGGUGUUAUAUAACACUCACCCAGUCUCUUCAUCUAAUUAUGGGUUCUGCACCAGCAGGACCUGCUGGAACCGGCAAAACUGAGACUACAAAAGAUUUGGGUCGAGCUUUGGGCAUUAUGGUGUAUGUGUUCAAUUGCUCUGAGCAGAUGGAUUACAAAUCUUGCGAGAACAUUUAUAAAGGAUUGGCACAAUGUGGCGCUUGGGGUUGCUUUGAUGAGUUCAAUCGCAUUUCUGUUGAAGUUUUGUCUGUCAUAGCAGUACAGGUGAAGACAAUUCAAGAUGCCAUCAAAACAAAAAAGCAAGUAUUCAACUUCAUGGGUGCCAAAAUCGUAUUGGUGCCGACUGUUGGUCUUUUCAUCACCAUGAAUCCUGGUUAUGCAGGCCGAGCAGAAUUGCCUGAGAAUUUAAAAGCUUUGUUUAGGCCUUGCGCCAUGGUUGUGCCAGAUUUCGCUCUGAUUUGUGAAAUUAUGUUGGUGGCAGAAGGUUUUCAAGAAGCUAGGCUACUUGCCAGAAAGUUCAUCACACUAUACACUUUGUGUAGAGAACUUUUAUCGAAGCAGGAUCAUUACGAUUGGGGCUUGAGGGCCAUCAAGUCUGUGCUUGUGGUUGCAGGAGCUUUAAGAAGAGGUGAUCGCGAACGUCCAGAAGACCAAGUCUUGAUGAGAGCUCUGCGUGACUUCAACAUUCCCAAAAUCAUUACAGAUGAUGUUCCUGUUUUUAUGGGACUCAUUGGUGAUUUGUUCCCGGCUUUGGAUGUCCCGAGAAAGAGGGACUUGGAUUUCGAGAAGGCUAUUCGAAAAGCUGCUACCGAGCUGCAUUUGCAACCGGAGGAUGGUUUUGUGCUAAAGGUGGUUCAACUGGAAGAACUGUUUGCUGUCCGACAUUCUGUCUUCAUCAUUGGUUUUGCUGGAACUGGUAAAACCAACGUUUGGAAGACUUUGUUUAGGACUCAUCAGGACGCUGGACGAAGACCUCAUUUUAAUGAUUUGAACCCUAAGGCAGUAACCAAUAAUGAACUGUUCGGCAUAAUCAAUCCGGCAACCAGAGAAUGGAAAGAUGGUUUGUUCUCGGUCAUCAUGAGAGAUAUGGCCAAUAUGUCAGGUUCUGGGCCCAAAUGGAUUGUUUUGGAUGGUGAUAUUGAUCCUAUGUGGAUCGAAAGUUUAAACACUGUUAUGGAUGACAAUAAGGUUUUGACAUUGGCCAGCAACGAACGUAUCGCAUUGACUCCACCGAUGAGAUUAUUGUUUGAAAUUUCGAAUUUGCGAACAGCUACUCCUGCCACUGUGUCCAGGGCCGGAAUAUUGUACAUCAAUGCCGCUGACUUGGGCUGGAACCCUUACGUUUUAUCCUGGAUCGACACACGUUCUGGUCAAUCCGAACGCGCCAAUCUGAUCAUCCUGUUCGACAAAUACAUUCCACCAUGCCUGGAAGAAAUGAAAAAACUGAAGAAAAUCACACCCAUUGUAGAAGUUGCACAUAUUCAGAUGGUUUGCUACCUUUUGGACUACUUCUUGACACCCAUUAAUUUACCGGCUGAUGCACCUAAAGACUGGUUGGAGAUCUAUUUUGCGUUCUGCGUGAUUUGGGGUUUUGGAUCUACAUUGUUCCAGGACCAAUUGUGCGAUUGGCGAAACGAGUUUAACAAAUGGUGGAUCAAUGAGUUUAAAGUGGUUAGGUUUCCGAUGAGCGGAACGAUAUUUCAUUAUUUUAUUGAUCCGGAGACCAAGAAGUUUUUGCCGUGGAGCGAUUUGGUGCCGACGAACUUUGAGUUUGAUUUGGAUACACCACUUCAGUCUGCUCUGGUUCCAACAGCCGAAACAAUGCGUCUGAGAUUCUUCUUGAAUAUUUUUAUGGAGCGCAAAGUACCGGUAAUGCUGGUCGGUACAGCUGGUACUGGUAAAAGUGUGGUCGUAGCUGAUAAAUUGGCUUCUCUGCCCGAUAGUUAUGCAGUCACAAAUGUGCCGUUUAAUUUUUACACGACAUCAGAAAUGUUGCAACGUAUAUUGGAAAGAGUUUUAGAGAAGAAGGCUGGCCGAAACUAUGGACCACCCGGUGGUAAAACUAUGGUGUACUUUGUUGAUGACAUGAAUAUGCCAGAGGUCGACUUGUAUGGCACAGUGCAACCGCACACAUUGAUCAGACAGUUCUUCGAUUAUGGACAUUGGUACGAUCGAAUUAAAUUAUCCUUGAAAGACAUACACAACUGCCAAUAUGUAUCGUGCAUGAAUCCGACCGCCGGUUCUUUCACCAUCGAUCCGAGACUCCAGAGGCAUUUCUGUGUAUUUGCAAUGAGUAUCCCGGCAGUGGAUGCCCUAACAAUGAUCUACUCAGCAAUUCUGCAGGAGCACAUGACGAUGCCUUCGAGCAAAUAUGCUUCUUCGAUGGCCAAAAUGGUUCCUCUGAUCGUCCAGAAUGCAAUCCAGUUGCACAUGAGAGUUGCUGCCAUGUUUUUGCCUACAGCUGUCAAGUUUCACUACACUUUUAAUGUCAGGGACUUUGCUAACGUAUUUCAGGGCAUGCUGUAUGCAACAGGAGAUGCUGUCAAUAAUAAUAUCAACAUGUUGGUGAGAUUGUGGAUGCACGAGUCGACAAGAGUGUAUGGUGAUAAAUUAGUCGACUCAAAGGAUCAAAAAGAAUUUGAUAAACUUUUGCAAGAAGUUGUGAAGAAAGGAUUUGAGGAACUGGAAGACAGUGUAAUCCAGCAAGAACCUUUGAUCUUCUGCCACUUUGCGGAAGCGAUUGGUGACCCUAAAUACUUCCCAAUACCCAAUUGGCAACAAUUGAUCAAACUUUUGGAUGAAGCCAUGAGCACUUAUAAUGAUCUGGUUGGUGCCAUGAAUUUGGUGCUGUUUGAAGAUGCUAUGGAGCACGUAUGCAGAAUCAAUCGUAUUUUGGAAGCACCCCGAGGUAAUGCACUGCUGGUCGGUGUUGGUGGUUCAGGAAAGCAAUCUUUGUCCCGACUGGCUGGAUUUAUAUCGACCCUGGAUAUUUUCCAGGUUCAAUUGAGAAAAGGAUAUGGGAUACUGGAUCUUAAAGCAGAUUUAGCUACUCUGUACAUGAAGUCUGGUGUAAAAGGAAUCGGCUCCAUGUUUUUGAUGACGGAUGCAGAAGUCGAUCAGGAAAUAUUCCUGGUGGUCAUCAAUGAUAUGUUGGCUUCAGGAGAGAUUCCGGAUUUAUUAGUUGAGGAAGAUGUUGAAAACGUUAUGGGCACUAUGAGGAAUGAGGUGAAACAAGUAGGUUUGGAAGAUACUCGCGAGAAUUGCUGGAAAUACUUUAUUGAUCGCGUACGAAGAACUCUUAAGGUGGUUUUAUGUUUUUCCCCGGUCGGUUCAACUUUGCGUGUUCGUGCCAGGAAAUUCCCAGCUGUUGUCAAUUGUACAUCCAUUGAUUGGUUCCUGGAGUGGCCUAAGGAUGCCCUGGAAUCGGUGUCCAGGAACUUCCUAUCAGAAUUGGAAUCACUACCUGAGACAUUAGUCAACUCGGUUUCCUUGUACAUGUCUUAUGUUCACACCACGGUUAACGAUAUGUCCAUCUCUUAUUUGGCGAACGAGAAAAGAUAUAACUACACGACUCCAAAAUCCUUCCUGGAAUUGAUAUCCUUGUACGGUAAACUGUUGAAUACCAAAAAUAAGGAAAUCAAAGAUCGUAUUAUACGUUUGCAGAAUGGUUUGACUAAAUUGGAGCAGUGUGCUGAACAAGUCGAUGGAUUGAAAGUUGUAUUAGCAGAUCAAGAAGUUAUUUUGCGAGUGAAGAACGAAGCUGCUGAUAAACUCAUUGUUAUUGUUGGAACUGAAAAAGAGAAAGUCGAUAAGGAGAAAGAAUUCGCUGCCGAGGAAGAGAAAAAAGUGCGAGUCAUCGAAGAGGACGUCAGCGUCAAGGCGAAAAUCUGCGCUGAGGAUCUCGCAAAAGCCGAACCGGCCCUGAUUGCGGCCCAGGAGGCCCUUAAUACCUUAAACAAAAACAAUCUGACCGAGUUGAAAUCUUUUGGUGCUCCACCAGAGGCAGUGGUCAAUGUUUGUUCUGCUGUUCUCGUCCUGUUUUCGAAAAAGGGAAAAAUACCCAAGGACAGGAGCUGGAAAGCCUGCAAGGGUAUGAUGGGAGACGUCAAUACUUUUCUGAACAAUUUGGUCUACUACGAUAAAGAAAAUAUUCAUCCGGAUAUCAUCAAAGCUGUGCUGCCUUAUUUAAAGGAUAAAGAAUUCGAUCCAGUGAAAAUUCUUGCCAAGUCUGCUGCAGCAGCCGGCCUCUGCGCCUGGGUCAUCAACAUUUACAAAUUCUACGAAGUUUUUGUACACGUCGAACCUAAAAGAAGGGCUCUUAAUGCUGCCAAUAAAGAGCUGCAGGACGCCAGGACAAAAUUGGAAAAGCUGACCAACCAGAUUAAUUUCCUCGAAGAAAAAUUGGCAGUUUUGACCAAAGAGUUUGAUGAAGCGAUGGGUGAAAAAAUGAAAUGCCAAGCCGAGGCUGAUGCAACAGCAUUUACUAUCGAUUUGGCCAACAGACUUGUUGGAGGUUUGGCUUCGGAAAAUGUCAGAUGGAGACAAUCUGUCGAAGAUUUGAAGAUGAUGAAUAUAACAAUCCCUGGCGAUAUUUUACUGGUCAGCUGCUUUAUAUCGUACGUCGGAUGCUUCACUCGUCGAUAUCGUGUCGAUUUACAGGAUAAAUUUUGGAUUCCUUACUUUGAAAAAAUACAGCCAAAAAUUCCUAGAACCGGCGGCCUGGAUCCUCUGGGUCUUUUGACAGACGAUGCCCAGAUUGCGUCCUGGUGCAAUGAAGGUUUACCCAGCGAUCGUAUGAGCGCCGAGAACGCGACAAUACUCACAAAUUCUGCCAGGUGGCCACUCAUGAUCGAUCCUCAGUUGCAAGGUUUGAAGUGGAUAAAAACAAAAUAUGGGGCCGAUUUGAAGAUCAUCCGUUUGUCUAUGAAAAACUACCUUGAUAUUUUGGAACGGGCUAUCAAUAAUGGAGACACUGUUCUUCUCGAAAAUAUUUUUGAGACGGUGGACGCCGUCCUGAAUCCACUUCUGGGCAGAAUGCUGGUGAAGAAGGGACGUUGUGUUAAAAUCGGCGACAAAGAAGUCGAUUUCAAUAAAAAUUUCAGGCUGAUCAUGCAGACCAAGUUGGCAAAUCCUCAUUAUAAACCCGAGAUGCAGGCGCAGGCCACUCUUAUCAACUUUACUGUCACCAGAGACGGGUUGGAAGAGCAGCUUCUGGCCGAAGUCGUGAAGGCCGAACGUCCUGAUCUGGAGGCCCUAAAAUCUGAUCUGACGACCCAGCAGAAUUUGUUCAAGAUUACAUUGAAAUUCUUAGAAGACGAUCUAUUAUCUCGUCUUUCCAGCGCCGGUGCCAAUGUCUUAGAAGAUAGUGCUCUGGUCAUUAAUUUGGAAACAACAAAGAAAACCGCUGAAGAAAUCGUCAUCAAGGUCGAGGAGGCGAAAAUUACAUCGGCUAAGAUUGAUGAGGCUAGGGAACAGUACAGACCAGCUGCUUGUCGUGCAUCCAUCCUUUACUUCAUUCUGAAUGAGUUGUACAAAAUCAACAUGAUGUAUCAGUUUUCUUUGAAAGCAUUCAGUGUCGUGUUUCUGAGGGCUAUCGCCAAAACACCACCAGCAGAGACUUUGGAGGAGAAAGUGGAAAAUCUUUUGGAGUCCAUCACCCAUGCUGUGUACAUGUACACAACCCGAGGACUUUUUGAACGUGAUAAAUUGACUUUUAUGGCACAGGUCGUGAUACAGAUUGAAUUGAAUGCCAAGACUAUCGAACCAGCAGAACUGGAUUUCCUGCUAAGAUUUCCAGCAGUUGCAACCGAGAGUGUACCUGUAGACUUUUUAUCGAAUUUACUUUGGGGAGGUGUUAAAUUGUUAUCGAACAUGACAGAGUUUGCAAAUUUGGACAAAGACAUCGAGGGAGCUGCAAAGAGGUGGAAGAAGUUUGUGGAAAGCGAGGCACCAGAAAAGGAAAAAUUGCCGCAGGAAUGGAAAAACAAACAGCCCCUACAAAGACUUUGCAUUAUGAGGACUUUAAGACCUGACAGGAUGUGCUAUGCUACAUCUGGUUACAUUGAGGAACGUCUUGGUCCAAAGUUUGUAGACGCUCGAACCUUGGACUUUCCAACAUCGUAUGAAGAAAUGAGCAACAUCACACCCAUGUUUUUUAUAUUGUCACCUGGAUCUAAUCCCUUAAAGGAUGUUGAAAGUCAUGGCAAAAAGCUGAAAUUCAUGACCGAUUUACAAAAUUUCCACGUUGUAUCGUUGGGCCAGGGCCAGGAGGUGGUGGCAGAAAGUGCCAUCGAGAUUGGUGCCAAAUUUGGACAGUGGGUUAUGUUGCAGAAUGUGCAUUUGGUUGCCAAGUGGUUGCCAACGCUGGAGAAGAAGAUGGAGCAGACGUUUGAGAAGAGCCACGAGAAUUAUAGGUUAUACAUCAGUGCAGAACCAGCUAUGAGUGCUGAAUACCACAUACUUCCUCAAGGUGUACUAGAGUCAUCGAUAAAGGUGACCAAUGAAGCCCCCACGGGUAUGUUUGCAAAUUUACACAAGGCCCUGGACAAUUUCAACCAGGAGACUCUGGAGAUGUGCAGCAAAGAGGCCGAAUUCAAGGCGAUUUUAUUCGCAUUAUGCUAUUUUCAUGCAGUUGUCUGCGAACGAGGAAAAUUUGGAGCACAAGGAUGGAACAGAAACUACCCUUUCAAUGUCGGAGAUUUGACGAUCAGUGUGUACGUGUUGUAUAAUUAUUUAGAAAAUAAUGCCAAAGUGCCAUGGGAAGAUCUACGAUAUUUAUUCGGUGAAAUAAUGUAUGGUGGACACAUCACAGACGACUGGGACAGACGUCUGGCUCGAACCUACCUUUUGGAAUUUAUGCAGCCCGAAUUGACCGAAGGCGAACUGAAUUUUGCUGUUGGAUUCCGUGCACCACCCAACACCGAUUACAAAGGUUACCACGAAUACAUUGAUGAUGCCCUUCCGCCUGAAUCACCAUACUUAUAUGGUUUGCACCCGAAUGCAGAAAUUGGGUUCUUGAGCACAAAGUCUGAGAAAAUGUUCAAAACUAUAUUUGAAUUGCAACCGAGGGAUUCUGGAGGCGGUGAGGCUGGUGGAGUAUCCAAGGAGGAAAAGGUGAAGACUGUGAUAGAAGACAUAAUGGACAAGAUACCAGACGAGUUCAAUAUUCAGGAACUGAUGAGCAAGGCUGAAGAUUUAACUCCGUAUGUUAUUGUAGCUUUCCAGGAAUGUGAACGAAUGAACAUACUGAUGGGAGAAAUCAGACGCAGUCUUGUGGAACUGGAAUUGGGUUUGAAGGGCGAGUUGACUAUAACUAAAGACAUGGAGGAUUUGAUGGAAUGCUUGUCCUUUGAUGAGGUUCCUGCCAGCUGGACCAAACGAGCAUAUCCGAGUAUGCUCAUGUUGGGAGGAUGGUUUGCAGAUUUGCUACUUAGGCUGAAAGAACUAGAGGGUUGGGCUUCUGAUCUAAAUCUACCAUCGGCAGUCUGGUUGUCUGGUUUUUUCAAUCCACAAUCAUUCCUGACAGCAAUUAUGCAGCAGACAGCCAGGAAGAACGAGUGGCCUCUGGAUAAAAUGUGUCUGAAUUGUGAUGUCACUAAGAAGCAGAGAGAGGAAUUCACCUCAGCCCCUCGAGAAGGUGCCUAUAUCCACGGUUUAUACAUGGAAGGCGCUCGAUGGGACACAUCUGUAAACGGCAUAGUUGAUGCUAAAAUGAAAGAUUUAUUCCCGUUGAUGCCAGUGGUUUAUGUUAAAGCCAUCACUCAAGAUAAACAGGAAACCAGAAACGUCUACGAGUGUCCUUUAUACAAAACCCGAGAAAGAGGACCCACAUACGUCUGGACUUUUAAUUUAAAGACGAAAGAGAAGCCUACAAAAUGGACAAUGGGAGGUGUUGCUUUGCUAUUGCAGAUAUGA